AGAGUGUAUUUUGCAAGGUCAACGCGCCUCCACGCCUGCUGUUGUUCAUACGUCUGUUUCUAAAGAAGACUAAAUGUCUUCUUGAAUGGCAGUGUUUAGUACUACUUUGUUUAGUUGCACUUGCUGGUCAGUCAGUAUUUCUAACUAUGCCACUGAGGCUGCUGAAGGAUAGUUUCUUGCACUUGUGACUCCUGUAUGCAGUUCAAGUUUUUCAUUUGUGGAACAGAGACGUGUCGGAUUUAGUGGUCAGAAAGGGGAAGUCAUGGCAGCAGAUAUUUUGCUAAUGAGGAGACUGACCAGACUGAGGCAAGUGGCUUAUCAGAGUCAUUUCCUGAGUGUUCAGAGGAGAGAACGCCUGAGUCUUGCACAAAAUCCUCAGAAAGAACAGGAGAAUAGCUGCACUGAGAGAACUGUUGCAACAGAUAGAGGUGAUGUAAAAUCAAUCUAUAGCUUUCCUCACAUUGGCACAGGACCGGAUAGUGCUGAGCAUGUCAGAGCUCUAAAUGCUCUAAAAGACAAUGCAGAGGGCACUGGAGCGAUCAACAAUUAUGACCACAAAUGUUUGGGGAAGACCAGAUGCAAGUUAUUUCAAGGGUAUACACAACCACAACUUCCAUGCUACAACCAGACCCGUUCCUUCCAUCAAAAUCAUUGGCACUGGUGUGAUGCAAAAAAAGAAGGACCUGACGCAUUCAAGAAACACAAGCAGAUGCUCAGCGAGAGCGCACGUGAGCGCAAAGUACCAGUUACAAGGCUGGGACGUUUGGCAAAUUUUGGAGGCUUGGCAGUUGGCCUAGGGUUGGGAGCUAUUGCUGAAGUGGCAAAGAAGAGUCUCAGAUCACAGGAGAAAAAAGGGAAUAAAAAAGCUAUCUUUGAUUCAAACCCGUUUGUCUCUGAGGCUAAUGCUGAACGAAUUGUUCGGACUCUGUGUAAAGUUAGAGGAGCUGCUCUUAAACUUGGGCAAAUGCUCAGCAUCCAAGAUGAUGCUUUCAUCAAUCCUCAGCUGGCAAAGAUCUUUGACCGUGUUCGACAGAAUGCAGACUUUAUGCCAACCAAGCAAAUGAUGAAAGUAGUGAGCAAUGACUUGGGCCCAAACUGGCGUGAAAAUUUGGAGUUCUUUGAAGAGAAGCCUUUUGCUGCUGCCUCGAUUGGUCAGGUGCACUUGGCUAGGAUGAAGGAUGGCAAAGAGGUGGCUAUGAAGAUCCAGUACCCUGGAGUGGCCAAAAGCAUCAGCAGUGAUGUCAAUAACCUAAUGGCUGUCCUCAGUAUGAGUAAUGCGUUACCUGAAGGUCUGUUUCCAGAGCACUUGAUAGAAGUUAUGAGCAGGGAACUUGCUCUAGAGUGUGAUUACAUAAGGGAAGCCAAAUGUGCCAAAAGAUUCCAAGAGUUAUUGAAGGGUCACCCUUUCUUCUAUGUGCCAAGUGUCGUGGAUGAACUAAGCAGCCAGCACGUCCUCACUACUGAACUGGUGUCUGGUUUCCCUCUGGAUAAAGCUGAGGACCUGCCACAGGAACUUAAGAAUGAGAUCUGUGAACAGAUUUUGAUUCUUUGCUUGAGAGAGCUCUUUGAGUUCAGAUAUAUGCAGACUGAUCCGAACUGGUCAAAUUUCUUCUUUGACCCACAAAAGCACAAGGUUGCACUAUUGGAUUUUGGAGCCACAAGGGGUUUUGAUGCAAGUUUUACAGAUGUAUAUAUCGAGAUCAUCAAGGCUGCAGCAGACAGAGACAAAGAGGGCGUUUUACAACGAUCAAUUAAUAUGAAAUUUCUGACAGGUUAUGAGACGAAGGCAAUGAUGAAUGCCCAUGUGGAUGCAGUGAUGAUCCUUGGGGAGGCUUUUGCCUCAGAUGAGCCCUUUGACUUUGGCACUCAGAGUACGACAGAGCGUAUCCACAGCCUCAUCCCUGUUAUGCUAAAGCAGCGACUCACCCCUCCUCCAGAAGAGACCUACUCACUGCACCGCAAGAUGGGAGGCUCGUUUCUUAUCUGCUCCCGCCUCAAAGCCAAGCUGCGCUGUAAGAACAUGUUUCAGGAGGCCUAUUCCAAAUAUUGGCGUGAUCGACAAAUACAAACUGACUAGCAAGCAGUUUUGUAUGGAGCUUAUAGGGAAGUUCGGGAAGUCAGACUACAUGUUUAAAAAAAAUUCGUGACGCUUCUAAAUGUGCACUUGUGGAAAAGGACAGAAUUGAAGGAUGUUGUCUGCUUCUUUCUGUAAUGAAAUGUUUCUAUGGAAAAAAAUUACAAUCACUAUAUUGUGAUAUGAUGUGCAUCUUAAGAAAAUUACUGUCUGAAUUACUUCUGAAUGGCAUGAAGUAAAAGGUAAUGAAUUUGCAAAAAAAAUUGUUAAAGUUCAUUUGUGAUCCCAAGAAACAUGACACCAGUAUUUAAAAGCGUAAAUACCAAAGCACUUUUGAAUUCUUGAAAUCUAACACAGUGCUUUUGAAUUCAUAAAAUCUUAAGGUUUUUUAUUUUUACAUUCAUGUAUUUAAACAUAAUAAUAAUAAUAAUAAUAAUAAUAAUAAUAAUUAUUAUUAUUAUUAUUAUUAUUAUUAUUAUUAUUAUUAUUAUUAUUACAGGGACAUUGGUUGUAAUUGCUUGUCAAGGAUAUUGAAAAAUUGUUGGUAUGGGUAAAUGUAUAUCAUUGUAGGAAGGAUGCUCCAGUGCCAGUGUUUUGUAACAGAUUUAAGGGUAAGUUUUCCGUAAUAGAAAAAAGGAUGGAAGGAUCAGUAGUAUCUUGCAAGCAUGACAAGUUACAUAGUAAGCUACAAGUAAAUUUAAAACAAGACAUUUCCAACAAUGUAUGUUGUGCCAUAAUUUUUAAUGAAUAAAAAGGGGAAGCAUUGGAUAACUGCUCAGGGAAAU